AUGGGAUGUAGCGGGCGGCUGCUGGGAGCCGCCGGGGGCCGCGGCGCCUCGCUGCUCCUCACCAUGAUCCUGUUCUUCACCUACUUCUUGUCCUGCCUGCCCGGGCCCUGCGAGCCGCUGCCGCCCGCGCUGCUGCCGCCGCCGCCGCCCGCUGCGCUGCCCGCGGGCCCGGGGGAGGCGGCGGCGGGCGCGGGGGGCGCGGGGGGCGGCAGCCGCCGCUUCCCCCAGGCCAUCAUCGUGGGCGUGAAGAAGGGCGGGACGCGGGCGCUGCUCGAGUUCCUGCGGGCGCACCCCGGGGUGCGGGCGGUGGGCGCCGAGCCCCACUUCUUCGACAGGUGCUACGAGAAGGGGCUGCGCUGGUACAGGAGCCUGAUGCCACGGACCCUGGAUGGACAGAUCACCAUGGAGAAGACACCCAGCUACUUUGUGACCAAGGAGGCCCCGCGGCGCAUCCACAACAUGUCCCGGGACACGAAGCUGAUCGUGGUGGUGCGCGACCCCGUCACCCGCGCCAUCUCGGACUACACACAGACCCUGUCCAAAAACCCCUCCAUCCCCAGCUUCCAGGCCUUGGCCUUCAAAAACCUCAGCACGGGACUGAUCGACACCAGCUGGAGCGCGGUGCGGAUCGGCAUCUACGCCAAGCACCUGGAGAACUGGCUGCAGUUCUUCCCCCUCUCCAGGUUCCUGUUCGUCAGCGGGGAGAGGCUGGUCAGCGACCCCGCCGGGGAGAUGGGCCGUGUCCAGGACUUCCUGGGGCUCCAGAGGCUGGUGACAGACAGACAUUUCUACUUUAACGAGACCAAGGGCUUUCCCUGCCUGAAGAAGCCCGAGGGGGGGAGCAGACCCCGGUGUCUGGGCAAGUCCAAGGGGCGGCCGCACCCCACCAUCGACGGGCAGGUGGUGCAGCGCCUGCGCGAGUUCUACAGACCCUUCAACAUGAAGUUCUACCAGAUGACAGGGCAGGAUUUUGGGUGGGACUGAGCCCAUCCCCAGGGCACGCUGCCGGGCUGGCACCUGGGCUGCCAGGACUGCGGUCCAGGGAUGUCUGUGGUCAUCGUGGUCAAGGGAUAUCUGUG